ACACACACACAUAUACACACAGUCCCACAUUAUCCCUAGACUUGAACACAAAUAAAACAGUCUGUAUGUUCUUCUCCAAGAAAUCAUCAAAUGCACAGCACCCUUUAUUGAAGGAGAAAAGCUCACAGCUGUAUCUGAUUUUAAAUAUCUGGGGAUCAUUUUAGAUUGCAAUUUAACAUUUAAAAAACAUGUCAAAAAGUUGGCCAAUACCAUUAAAUUUAACUUGGCUAAUUUUAGACAUGUAAGGCCGUAACUACAGAGGCAGCCAAACUUUUUAUGCAUGCCAUGAUCUUUUCUCACAUCUCGUACUGUUACACAAGCAAGUACAACAACUCUGAAAUCAAUAGAGACCCUUUACAAGCAGACCUUAAAAACUCUAGACCAGAAACCUAUCAGCUAUCACCACUGCCAUAUAACAACAAAGUAUAACUUAUUCAAAUGUGACAGUUUCUUACAGUUUUUGGAUGCCUGUCUCAUUUUUUAAAUAUUAAAUGGGCUGGCACCUCCACCAUUAAAUUAGUUUAUAAAGCUGAAGGAUGGCAAUGGCUUGGCAACUAGGGCAGUCACCAGGGGAGACUGUGUUAUACAGUUUAGACAUAGUACGUUUGGACAGACAGUCUUCGCAGUACACGCCUCUAAUUACUGGAAUACCCUCCCUACUGAUGUAAGGGAGUGCGCCAGUAUUUCAGUGUUCAAAAACAAAUUUAAGAAAUGGAUAAAAAAUAACCGAACCUGCAACCAUAAUUAGGCCACUGCAUUACUCACACCGUAACUUCUUUUUAUGUCUAACACCUUGUCUGUCUGUCUGGUUUUUACAAUUUGUUAUCUUAAUUGGCAUAUUUAGGUUAUUGUUAGGCAAAGAUAUGUCCUAAUAUCUUCAGGCCUUUCUGUUCAUAUUUGAGUGUAUGCCCUUACUAUGACUGAGUUCCUACUGACUUCUUAUAUUUUGUUCAUGGCUCAACUCUCUGGAUACACUGGACGUAUCCCAAACAGACUACUCACCCACUGACUGUCAUGCAACAACAUGAACCACUGCAGCUGCAGUGAAGUAUCAAUCAUCAAAAUUGUUUAAACUGAUGGAGGCAUGACUCGGGGUUAGUUGCCGAUACUCUCUGACACCCAGAGAAUUUAAACGUUUUUUUCCUUUUUUUAUUAAUGCAUAAUGACAAUACAGCAGCACAGAGAAAUGCAUACAUUAUAUUGGUAGAGCAGUACAUUAAAACAUACACAGAGAAGUGCUUUGCAGUAAGGGAAUACGGUUAUUCAAAUAGGCCUAGAUGAUUAUUUAAGUAAUUAAGAAACGUUUUUGUCUUUUCUCACACUGAAAAAAGAGAUGCUGUCUGUGCUGUCACAAAUGGAACAAGCAGAGCUUAUGUCAGUAUAUUUUGCUAUAUUGACAUUCACUGGAUCUAUUUUAUACAGAAUGUUGAAGUGAACUUCCUUUACUUUAUUUGUGAUACAGUAUUUACUGGAUAACAGCCUAGUUUUUUGCCAGUUAAUGUCCUGAAUCAAAGAUCCCCAGUAGAAUUUCCCUCUAGGUGUUAUUCUUUUACUGUAUUGAAAGAUCUGGCGAAUAUGUUUAUUAUCACACUUUCUGUCUAUCACAUCAAUCCCAUUCAAAAGUAAUGUAUGUUGUGUUGCAUUGUCCAUACAAAAAGAAAGGUGACUUUUGAUAAAUUGGAUUAACCCCUAUAGGGAUAGCUUUAGUGAGUGAGUUAAAUUCCCUCAAUGGGCGGCCAUGACGUGACAGAAAUUGAUCAUAUGUCAGUAUAGUGGCAGAUCUAUCAAACAAAGAAAUACUAUUAUAAAUGCCAUUCUCAAACCAUCUAGAGAAAAACAGGGAUUUAUUUGUGGGAGAGACCGUCUGCCUUGGAUAAAAGAGUUCUACCAAACAUAGACGAGUCUCUUUGCAACCAAGAGUUACAAAUAUUUUUAGUUUUGGCCAUUUUCGCUGUAUAGUUUACCUGCUGUCUAUCUGUUAAAUUCUUAGUUAUGUGAAUUCCAAGGUAUUUAACAGUAUGUUUUACUGGAACAGAGAAUGUAAACGUACAAGGGCUAUGCAGACACUGACAGGCAACAUCGAUCGAUGACAAAUCAUAUCACGGGGGCAGUUCUUGAUGGGCGGUCCACACAAGCUUGCAUUUACGACACAGUCGCAAAACUCGUAUCAUAGCUAGAUUUGUUGCAGAUCAAAUUAAACCCCAUGCUUAAUGUUUGUAUGGUAACGUUUACAUUUUUUGUCGACGAGGGCAGAGAUAGACCUUCACAGAACAAGGGAAGAAUAAGAAACGAAUGCAUUCAAGAAAGGUCUACAGUGACUGUUUCGAAAGAGAGCAUAAUGACGUUAAAAACAACCACUUAAUUCUGGGUAGCAAGCCAGUGGAUAAUAGCCUAUGGAUGUACUGCAACGUUGAACAGCCAACCUUUGUUUCAAGUCCGUGGCCCUCAUCGAUUUUGAAUGCAGACCAAAACAGGAGCGAUUAUUUUGUUACAUUUCACUGUUAUGUGUUUGAGCUAGCUAGCCUGACAGUAUAGCUAGCGUAGUUUCCAGUUAGGUGCUAAACCUGGCUUACCAGCAGACUUCUGUUUUUGUGUACGUUGCAAGGCAAGUUUCCAGCGAAAACGACGGGCACUCUGAAAAUGAUUUGCUCCAACAAGUACAGGCUAGACCCCAGGAUUUCCUCUCUCAAUGUCUGCCUUCUUUUUCCAGCUAGCCUUUGAGUCUGCCUAGUAUGACGCUGUCGCAAGGAAUGUUGUACUGUAGCUAGCAUAUGCAAUUAACGUUAGUCCAUUCCCUAUUAUUAGCAACUAAUAACCAAACCGUUUUAAAUUACGUGCCUUCUAAAGAUGCUGAAUGGGCAGACAGAGUCCUCUAGUGACUUGGGGCGACUGGAAAGAGCAGGGGUUGCGAGGGAAAUGGAUGCCCACGGGCAAAAGAGAAGUUCAGCCUCACCCGAGAAAGUAUGCAAGCAAUGAUGAGCAUGACCAAAGGCAAGAAGAACAAGAGGAGAGGAGGAGACAGUUGUCAGUUGUGUGUAUCUCUGGAGAGAGGAAUCCUAACACUAAUCGAGAUGCAGCCGGGGAGGGCUUUGAGGAUCAUGACGGAAGCAGAAAUUCCGCAGCGGGCACCCCACCUAAAGAAGUCACCAAAGCGCAGAAAGAAGAGGCAUCUCUCAGGUCUGCCGCAAUUUCAUCCCAAAGAAAACCUCCGCCUUCUCCACCUGAGAAGACCCGAGCUGAGCAGCUGCCUUCGUACCCCGCCGUCCCCGUCACCGCCACCAGUGGCCUUAACCGGCCGCACGUGGUGUGCCUGCCUCAGGUGACGGAGAAGCUCAAGCUGGCGUGGCAGCGGUCGGACCCCGUGCAUGAGCUCGAUGGCCAGAGGGCCCUGGUGGAGGCCUUUAAUGACUUCCCCUACCCCACCUCUCAGGAGACGGGCGCCCUGGCCCGCCUGUGCGGCCUCCCCACGGACGACGUCAAGACCUGGUUCAUGAUGCAGCGCGUGCGCUACGGCAUCAGCUGGGCGGAGGAGGACAUCCGCGAGACGCGCCACAAACUGCACGCGCUCCAGCGGCGGGAAAGCAAGGAGGUGGUCGCGGCCUCUGGGGUGGUUGCGUCGUCGGCGAGGCCUGAGGAGGAGGAGGAGGUGAUGGUGGACGAAUAUGACGACGAUGACGACGGUGAGGAAGAGGAGAUGAUGCGUGCCUUCGGCGCGAGCGACGGAAUGAUCGCCGAAAGCAAGCGGGAUUAUUUGCCGGCGGCUCUCUGGUCCACACCCCCCUUCACCCAGCUGGAGCCGCCUCCUCAGAGUGCCAGCAGCCUCCAAAGGGCGGUGGCAGAGUCCCACCAUUUCGCCCCGCUCCAGUCCACUCCGCCAGGGCCCGACGGUCACCUGUCCAACCCUCCUUUUGUACUGACGGGCCAGCAAGGGCGCGUACGCUCAAAGAAGUCGCGCGCCCAGCUGAUGGUCCUCCGGCGGAGCUUCGUGAUCAGCAACUGGCCCUCGGAAGGCGAGCUGCAGAGGCUGCAGUGCGUCACCGGGCUCAGCCGCCACGAAAUCCGCAAGUGGUUCGCCGACAGCCGCUAUCAGCUGCGCAGGAGCGGUGGCGACCCCCCUGCCCACCAAAGGACGCCACCCAAAAGCGCUCACGCACCCUUAGCGCAUGACUGGAGACUGGCUCCCCUGGACAUCCUCCCCAGGACCUCCCUCAGUGACGGCCAGCCGCCUGGUGCCUCGGGCCCUGGGGGUGAGGUCGAGGUGGUGAUAAAGCAGGAGGACCAUAGAGACGCCAUGAGAAUCUUUAGCCGGACCAAAGAUGAUCACGCCAAAAUAGCCGCGGGGGAAGCCGCCCCUAUGCUCAACGGACACUCGGAGGCCUCAUCCAACUCCUCGGCACCUUCUGUCGUCCCCUCCACCUCCACGUCGCCCUCCCCGUCGUACCUUCCUGGCUACCCGGGAGUGCCCGGACCCGGGCCCGUGUCCCACCCGCGCAUGCGCAAGAAGACGUUGGAGCAGACGGAGAUGCUGCGCCAGACCUUCCUGCGCUGCCAGUGGCCCACGGCCGAGGACUACAACCGGCUGGAGCAGCUCACCGGCCUGCCACGCACGCAGAUCAUCCACUGGUUCGGCGACACGCGCUACUCCUUCAAGCACUCGCGCCUGCGCUGGAUCGGCCCCGAGGAGCGCCACAACAUCGCCACGCGCCUCGAGCUGGACGCCCGCCGUGCUUGGCUGGUGCGCAGGCAGAAGCAGUGGCCCACCCUGGGGAUUGACUGCCCCCCCCAGCCCAACCCUGGGAACUGGAUGGACGCCAGCAACAGCUCCACCAGCUCCAUGCAGACGUUGGAUGGCAUGGUGGGAGCGGAUUUGGACAGGUGGUACGAGCUGUGGGAUGGAGCCGUGCAGGGGCAAGGCGGGGCUACUGCUGGAGGACUCUGAAGCAUCACACUGACCAAAAUGCAAGACAGUGUUUGUUUGUUUGUUUGUUCGUUUUCUACAUGUGGGAUCACUUUAUAAUUUAAACAUUUUAUAAUGCAUUUCACAACAACCUAAGGUGUUCCGGUUUCUGGUUAACAGCUCCGUUUCCACUAUCAGGCCAGUGUGAGCCACUAUCACUCCGUUACCACGGUUAGGCCAUGGGCCAGCCGGAUCUAAAUAGCCUCAGGCCUCAAUGUUAGGCUACAAUCAUGAUAGACACUGUUACAAUCGUUACACUAUUGCAAGAUCCACAAUUUAAGUGUUGUUACAAUCACGAAGUACACUGUUACAGCCGGUUCUUCCUCUCCUACUUGAUUGGUCUACCAUUGCACAUUAUUGCCCAAAUUCCAUUGGCCAAAUAUUUCGUAGAGCCCUUAUUUUGUCUGUAAGCCAGUACUAACUACCCUCCAUUUUUCAUUAUAUUAUGAAGACUGACUGUCUCUGACCUGACACAGAUGAAAGUGGACAAAAGCGUCUGCUAAAUUACUAAAUGUAAUGUAAUGUAAAUGUCAAAAUCCAGGCUUUGACCUUUGACCUAAAGCUCAAGUUGGCCUUCUUUAGCCCAAGGGUAAUCGGUGGACCAAAAGUCCUGGGCCAUUGAUCCCCAAGGCCUUCUGUUCCGAGGAGGCACGACCCUGAAGUGGGAGUUAAAACGCAACUGGCCCUGGCACGCCUUUAUUCGGCCCGGUAGUGGAAACGCUGCUAUUCUAUAGGCUUCAGUUUAUAGAUAGUCUAUAGAUCAGGCACAUUUAUUUGUUUAAAGGUCCAGUCCCCAAUGCUGUUCACCAGCCAAUGAAAUUACUUCCUUCCCUUCCUUCCGUGCUCCUGAAGCAAUGUGUUGAUUGGCUGGAAUAGUGUGUCCCUCAGUCUGAGCCAUAUUGUUUGUUUGUGUGUAAACAGGACAGACAGGUAGAGGGCCGUGAGGAGCAGUGUGCUGAAGUUGACAGUAAAUGUAUUGGAUUAGAAUCACAGACUGAACCUUUAAGUAUUCAUCCAUGGUUAAGUACCUCUGAACAAACGGUUCUCCUUAGACUGAAAUGUACCGUGGGACGUAGCCACAACAAGAAUAUUUAAUCCAGACCAUUUGUCCUAUGUAAGAUCUAUCCUACCACUCAGAUUUGUAUCACUGAAUAACGAACAUAGUAAGCAUUCAGGCUCAAAUUCAGUCCCUAAAAUGAUUUUGUUUACAAGAAAAGACAAGCAUUCUACUGCGUCACUUCCAAUAUUUUGUCGUCCUGCACUCCAGCUAAGGGGCCACAAAGCUGCUUCAUGUAGCUAACUUACUCUGGUUUGAUGCUUCAUGUAGCUAACUUACUCUGGUUUGAUGCUUCAUGUAGCUAACUUACUCUGGUUUGAGGUGCAGUCGAAGUGGCCUAGAUCACCCCAGUUCUUUGCUGGCUUUGCGUCUUUACGCGUAAACACUAGCCUUGUAGCCAUCUCAAAAUCCUUUUAGCCUAUUGUGUUUAUGAAACUAAACUAAACAUCUAGACCCUUUUUAUAAUGUGGCAUGUGCUAAUUCUGUCAUGAGUCUUUCUCAGCCAGAUGUGUUUUAACUUAUACGACAACCAUGGUGAAAUGCCUGAACGUCAGUGGGAAUGAUUAAUGGCAUUUGAUGUUUUAAUGGCAUUAAUGGAAUUUGACAUUUCUAAACCAGUCCAAAUACCUGUUUAAAGCAGGGUUCGAAGGAAGAGAAGGCUAAAUGAAGGAGUUAGGGGUUAGGUUUUUUAGGUCACGGUUGGAGUUGUCUGGUGUCUGAAAUGAAUGGCGUUGAACUGUGUGUGCCUCCCCAGGUCAUCUAUAGCCUCAUUUCAGUAUUGUCAGAGCUCUGUUACCUUCCAGUUCAUUUGGGUUACACAGUUUACCGUAAUAUCUAGACCUCUGCUGCAAGCUGCUUUUCAAACGACCUCCUCAGAAUUUCAGUCAGCCUAGAUCUUGUGAAAGCAAUACUUUGGAUCCAUUUGUCUGGCCAAAACUAUUGUCACAGAACCGGUUAAAAGAUGUCCUCUAAUGUUUUGAGAGAGGAUUGUAAUUGUUGGUACACUGUCUCAGGCAUUUCACUUUCAGAAAACAAACUUGAGGCCUUUGGGCAAGGUUUUUUUUGCAGGGUUUCUCCACAGAAAAAUCUUUAAAGAAAGGACCAGUAAAACAUUAAUAACGCUCCCUCUUUGACUUUCAAAGUAAAGUUUGGUUUCAAAGUAAAUAGCCAUGUAGAGUUAGAGCUGCUUUGAAUGUUUGAAGAUUGGCGUCUGACCACUGUCUAUUGUAUCUGCUUAUUAUAUCUGGGAGUUGAUAUUUCAUCACACCUCUAACUGAAGUUGACAACUUUUGGUGUUGGUGGUUAGAUUGGUUAAAGUCACCACUGACCCGAGUUUGUUUCCUGGCCACUACAAGAUGCCUUUGUAUGGCGCUUACUAAAGUACUAAAUACUAGACCUUUACCUUUAACAACGAACCAUGGAUAUCUCCUCUGAGCUCUAAGUAUGAAACACCUUCAUCAGCCUCUCUAUGUGGAAACCUUCAGAGCCCCUAAGGGUUAACAUAUUACUUAUUACUGAAAGUAUUACGUGUGCAUGUGAUAUCUGGCACACACAAGAGGCCACCCAGUGUAUUUCAGCCAGCUAUGUUUCUGUGUGGAAAUGACAGUAUAGAACUUCAGCUUCAGGGUCUUCAGCUUCCAGAGCUGGCAAAAGACCAUAGAGAUAUGGGUUAAAAUAUAGCACAACUAACUCCUAUACUGUCAUUUACACGCAGUGACACAGCACAACUAACGCCUAUACUGUCAUUUACACACAGUGACACAGCACAACUAACACAGCAAGCAGAAAUGGACUGGGUGGUCUCCUAUUCGUGCCAGAUCUCUCGUGGGCACACAGUACUUUCUCGAGAAUGGUAACGUUUCUCAUGCCCAUGGGAUAGUUUCUGGUGGUCCCCUUAAGGGCUCCGUAGAACCCCAUCCCAGGUUUAUAGCAAUUUUCAGCUGAGAACCUCCACAGCCCUGAAAGACCCUUCUUUUGAUUUGGUUAAGUUUGUGUGUGUGUGUGUGUGCUAAUUGUAUGCAGGCCCUUUUUUAAAACCAGGCCAUAAAACACUUUCUUUUCUGAGUGUGCAAUCCUCUUGUAUGGUGUUGAAAUUACAGCAUUACAUUAUUUUAUGUGUGUCUAAUCAUUUCUUUUUGUAAUGUAGCAUUGUUCUGAGGUACUUGAUAUUGGGGAAGCCUCUUACUGUAUACAUGCUGAGGGUUCUGUUUUCUGUUUAAUGUUUCUCUCAGUUGUGAAUGUUAAGGGUGCCAGCUAUAUCGCAAUUUUCCCCAUGACUGUAAACAUAAGAAGCCAAGGUAAUUCUUUUUAUAUCACAGCUGAUUUGGUUCAUGUCUUCUCUUUUAAAUGAACAGCAUAUUUAUAGUGUGUCUUAAAGGUUAUAUUUAGUUUAAUAAUGGUAUUGUAUAAUUGUUCUACUUUAAUAUUAUUAAAUUACAAAUGCAAAA